GGCAUGAGUCCAGCAGCCACUGCUGCCUGGAAAAGGUGAAAGGAUAAGGGUGUUAUCUCUGAAGCUGGCUGACUGUGUGUGUGUGUUAGCGCAGGAUUUCAGACCGCCAAACACAUUUUAGACACAUUCUCAUGGAGAUGUUCUCGAGGUGAUCAGGUUCAUAUUUGAUAGCUGAUUGACGUCACUCUUUGUAGCCUGAUCGACAGCCUGUGGCCUAAACUGUUCUCUGGCCACCCCCCACCAAAUCUCUUCACCAAUCAUAGGGCAGACCUGCUAUCGCCAUGGACACAGACUCCGUCCACUCAAGCCACUCCCACCACUCACGAGGAUCAAACAGACACAGUGAGCGCAGUAGGGAACGCCACAAACCACGCAGCCGUGACGGCAGCAAUCGCUCCGACAAAAACGUCACCAUCAGCACCACGUCCGCACACUCAGCAGGAGCAGAGCAGACCCCCCCCACCACAGAGCCACAGGAUGAUAACUGGGCUGAGACCACCACAGCAGUCACAGGCACUUCUGACCACAGCCUGUCUCAGGAGGACCUAGCGGGUUUUGGUAAAGACUCUGAAGCUCCUGUGCUGAAGCAAAGCUGGCUAGCCUUCCUGCCACUGGCUCUCACUCUGUUUCUGGGUGUCCUGGUGCUGGUCACUCCACUGGCCUUCCUGCUGCUGCCCCAGCUACUGUGGGCUGAGCGCCUGCAAGCGUGUGGGACAGCUUGUGAGGGCCUUUUUCUCUCUCUGGCCUUUAAACUGCUGAUCCUGCUGCUGGCAGGCUGGGCAGUGUUUCUGCGGCGGCCACGAGCUGCAUUGCCCAGACUCGCCAUCUUUAAAGCCCUGCUGGCCCUCCUUACGCUGUUGCUGCUGUUGUCCUAUUGGCUCUUCUUCGGAGUGCGCAUCCUCGACUCACAGGACGAGAAUUAUCAGGGUAUAGUUCAGUUUGCCGUGUCGCUGGUCGAUGCUCUGCUGUUCACACACUAUCUGGCUGUGGUUCUGCUGGAGGUUCGACAGCUGCAGCCGUGUUUCAGCCUGUGUGUGAUUCGCUCUACUGAUGGAGAGACAAGACACUACAACCUGGGACAGCUCAGUAUUCAACGGGCAGCUCUGGUGGUCCUGGAGCACUAUUAUAAGGAUUUCUCUGUCCAUAACGCUGCUCUGCUAACUGCUGCGAAGUCCAGAACAGCCAAACAUCUGGCAGCUCUAAAGGUUUACAGUGUGGACGGUCCCAGCAGUGACGGUGCAGCAAGUCAGUCUCGAGCUAAAAUGGCAGCAGCUGCUCGACACAAAGACACUAGCCACAGCGAGCUUUACUACGAGGAGGCUGACCAUGAGAGGAGAGUCCGCAAACGCAGAGCACGGCUGGUGGUGGCUGUGGAGGAGGCGUUCACACAUGUGCGGCGGCUGCAAGAGGAAGAAAAGAAGAAGCCUCCGGGUGAUGUAAUGGACCCUCGUGAAGCAGCACAGGCUAUUUUCCCCUCGAUGGCCCGUGCGCUGCAGAAGUACCUGCGCACCACCCGCCAGCAACACUGCCAUAGCAUGGACAGCAUCCAGAGCCACCUGGCCUUCUGCAUCACCAACAACAUGACCCCCAAGGCAUUUCUGGAGAGUUAUCUGACCCCAGGACCCACCCUGCAGUAUGGGAAGGAGUGCUGGCAGGUCCUGCAGUGGACGCUGGUCAGUGAGGCUGCAGUCACUAGCCCUCUGCGGGAUGGCACUGAGUUCCAACUGAAAAACCCUGACUUCAGUCUGGUGGUCAGCAGCAAGGCCAUCCCUCACCUCAAAAUUAGCGAGGAGUAUGUCCACCCCAAAUCACACAAGUUCGUCCUGCUGCUGCAGUCGGAGACGUCCGUCUGACUCUCUGCUCCAUCCGUUUACAUUUCUACACAAUAAACUUUGGAACAGGGAUUUUUUUGUUUUUAAUAAGUUCCCCCUAUUUUUUUUCACUUUUUACAAAUCACAUUUUACAUAUCAGACAUAUUUUGAUACACAACAGUGUCUUUUUUGUGAAACUGGAUUGUGAAAAACGGUUAAUGUAUAGGAAAGACAUGCCUAGUAUUUGCAAGUGGGAGGUUGUGUAUGUGCGUAAGUGUCAGUGUGUGAGUGUUUGUGAGAGUUGCGCAAUGUAUAAGAAAAAAACAACAUGCUUACUGUAUAUUAAGAGUGAGGGGUCAAACUAGUGUUAAGAUGAUAUUAUAUAUAGGAAGUGUUGUGUUACAUGCCACUUAAAAUGCCUGCCGAUCAAAGAAAAAUACAUUUUAGACACAUAUUAAAGGAAUAUUACUGAAUUUUCUAACCUAAUCUGUCUGAUAUCAUAUCAUCAGUUACCAAAGACAGUCAUUUUAAAGGGUUGUCUUGUUCAUAUAAAAGUUUGGAAAAAAUCUCGUUUUGAAAUUCACUUACAAUUGGGCACUUGCUCAUUUCUGUGAAAAGAUUGAACUCCGGAGCAACACUGUCUUUUUCCCUAACGUUUUCUGGUGUAAUUGCUCAAUCAAGCACAGCCUUUGGAAACUCCACCCACAAGUAUUUCCUUGUGGAAAAUUUGUCAUCUUCCUAAAAGAACCAACUCUACAGAUUUAUAGCUGAAUUUAUACAACAGUGUUUAUUAUUUCACAUAAACAUUUCCUGAUGGUAUUCCACGAGGGCAGUGGCCUCUUUCAGAACGAUAAUGUGCCGUGCCACACUGCACACAUUGUUCAGGAAUGGUUUGAGGAACAUGACCAAGAGCUCAAGGUGUCUGACCAUCACUUGUGGGAAGUGUUGGAUCUGCAGCAUCUUGGUGCUAGAGAUGGUGCCAGAUACUACACGGCACCUUCAGAGGUAUUGCAGAGUCCAUGCCUUGGCAGAUCGGAGCUGUUUCGGCAGCCCAUCAACAGCCUAUUAGACAUGUCAUAAUGUUUUGGCUCGUUGUAGAAAUGUUUUGUGCAUUCUAUGGGAUUCAUUUCUUUUUAUAGAGUUUAUUUGAAUAGCUUUCUAGAUUUGAAUAGAUUUCUGCUCACUGUGUGCUGUCUUACAUUGCUUUCAUUGUGCACCACAUCCUCAUUUCUGUGAUAUAAUCACUGUAGGAAAACAACAAAGUAUGAAAAUAGAAGCCCAGGUAUGCUGCCUAAACCUUUCUGAUAAACUGUGUCCUUCAGCAGUUUUUGCUAUUUACAGGGCUGAAAAUGUUCACCAAAAGUGUUCAUGAACAUAAUCAUAUUCAAGAAACUAAUCACACUUACCAUACUUUUUACUCAUUGCUCCCAAAGACUGUUUUGGCUGUGGCAUUUGAUUUUAUUUUGUCCUGCUCGUUUUGCUUUUACUGUGUGCUCUGCUGCUGCCCUUUAGUCUCUUUACAUUUGUGGUUAAAUUGAAUCGCUUUUUCUGUGAACAUGCUGGCCAUCAACUCCUUGCAUUUUUUAUAACAAUAGUGCAUUUUUUUUGUAAAUUAGAGGUGUGUCAAGCCACUAAACAGUGAUGUUAUGUUUUGUAUUUUUUUUACAUUGAUAUUUGGAUGUAUAUAUACGUUUGUGUAUAUAUUUAAUUUAUGAGUUCAUGUACAAACAUUUUGUAUACCUCUUUUAUAUUUUGUGUGUAUAUAUUUAUAUGAUAGUAUUAAUUAGUUUUUUCUAUGUUAAUGUAGGCCUCUUUCUUGUAUUUUUCCUUUGAAGUCAUUAAUAUGAAGUCCCCUGCAAUGAAAUCUCCUGUCUGUAUAUGCAUUUACUGAAAAGUUCUGAAAAGAUUUCAGUUCUAAUAAAUUGUAUAUAAAACACUUAA